AUGUGUGUCCGGCUGGCCUCAGAUCAGCCUCGUCCGCUCUUGUUAGCGUCUUCUGUUCGUCUGGCUCUGUUCCUCCAGGCCGUGCGUCUCUGUCUCUUCACCCGGUCAGACAAGUGUGUCUCUGGGCGUCUUGGUGUGUCUCUUUUGUCUCUGUGUGUCUCUCUGUCUCUUGUGUCUCUGAGUGUCUUGUGUGUUUGUUUGUCUGAAUGUCCCUGUCUCUAUGUGUCUCUGCAUGUCUCAUGUUUCGCUGGGUGUCUGGUGUGUCUCAGUGUGUCUGAGUGUCUCUGUCUCAAUGUGUCCUGCAAGUCUUUGUCUCUGUGUCUUGGUGUGUCUCUUUUGUCUCUGUGUGUCUCAGUGUCUCUUGUGUGUGUGUGUGAGUCCAGCGUGCAGGGGAUCUCAAAUGCUGGUGAUGCACACUCUCACAGGUUCAGUUUCUCGUGUCUCUGCAGGAAAGCUCAGUAUCAGCGGAGAGGUCUGUCUCCCUGUGCUGCGGAGCGCUGUGUGUCCCGGGACUCGAUGGAGGACUACUGGAGUGAGAUGAAGAGCAUCGAGGAGGAGCGUCAGGGAGCAGCGGAGGAGCAGACGGAGCGGAGCAGCAUGGAUGAGGCGGAGCUUGAGGAGGCGUGGCUGCAGGAGGCGGGGCUCUCCACACUGGUGACAGGAACACAGAGUGAUGGUCCGGCGGAGGCUCUUCUCUCCACGCUCACACACUCACAGGCCGCUAUGGUGAAGAAACGACUGGAUAACUACACGCAGACGCUGCGCAAGAGGAACAAGCAGCCCACGAGACACGUGCGAGACGUCUUCUCCACACCCGACGCCUCGUCUGAACUCACUCCUCCGGUUUCUCCAAACGGACGGAUCGCUCUCAAACUGCCGCAGUGGAAUCCACCGAAAGUUCCUGCGGACAGCAGCUCUUCAGAGACCAUCCUUCUGUCGCUGGACGUGCCGUAUUCAGAAGCGGCUCGAGCUCAUCGGAGAGACCGUGAAUGCCAAGACUGCAGGAGGAUCUGUAAAGACGACAGGGAUUUACCGAGAUUUCAGAUCGUGAGGCCCAGACAGGGCUUGACACGGGUGAGCGAUCUGUCGUCUGAGGACAUCAAGAAGAUCAGCUGCAUCUCCCUGAUCGAGCUGACCACCUUCUACGACUUCCUGGGCAUCGAGAUGAAGAGGAGCCGCGUGGUGCGCAGUAAAGCACGAGACAGUGGGAUAUUCGGCGUUCCUCUCAAUACGUUGCUGGAAAACGACCAGAAGAAAUACCCGGGUUCCAGAGUUCCUCUGGUUUUCAAGAAGUUGUUGUCUAAACUGGAGCAGACGGGCUUACAGACGGAGGGGAUCCUCAGGGUCCCAGGAUCAGCGUCCAGAGUGAAGCAUCUGCGUCAGGAGCUGGAGCUGAAGUUCUACGAGGAUCGUUUCGACUGGGAUCAGGUGCGGCAGAACGACGCGGCCGGUCUGUUGAAGAUGUUCAUCCGUGAGCUGCCGUAUCCUCUGCUGACCACACAGCACCUGCCGGCGUUCACAGCCGCUCAGAGUAUCUCAUCACCCAAACAUCAGAUCCAAGCUCUUCAUCUUCUCAUCAUGCUGCUUCCUGAAGCCAACAGAGACACACUGAAGGCUCUUCUGGAGUUCCUCAGGAAGGUGGUGGCGUACGAGGAGAAGAACCGUAUGAGUCUGUGGAACGUCUCUAUGAUCGUGGCACCGAACCUCUUCACGUUCCGCGGGAAGAACGUCAAGCAGGAGGAGAUGCUGAGUGCGGUCGCUGCGGCCCAGCUCGUGCAGAUCCUCAUUACCCAUCAGGACCUGCUGUGGACGGUCCCGUGUUUUCUGAUCUCACAUGUCCGGAAAAUGAACGAAGCCGCCGCGGGCAAGAAAACACCGACUUCAGAGAAGAGCAAACGCAGGCUACUGAAGAGAUGGAACCUGGAGAAAGAGCGCGAGCGCAGUGAAGUCACUGACCUUCACGACGGGGUCAUCAGAGUUCACGCGCCGCUCCACGCCAAGGUUUCCAUGGCGAUUCAGCUGAACGCCGAGAUGAAGGCCAGAGACAUAAUGGCGCGCUUCGACGUCGAGAACGGACACAGCUCACACAGCAUCAGAAGACAGAGACAGCAUCUGUUCGAGACCGGAGGAAACAUCGGCGAGCGCUGCCUGGAUCCAGACGCACAUUUACUAGACGUUUACCGCGUUAACCCUCACUGUGAAUGGGUGUUAAAGUCACGGGCGACCUGAAGGUGUUACACAGAAGACCAUCAGCUGAUCAGAGGUCAAAGGUCAAACUGGUCAAUGCUGGUCAUUGAGUUCUUUUGGUGCCAAAACGGUGACCUCCUCGAUCAGAAGCCCUCGUCAGGACGCAUGCUUCAGCGCUUCAAACCACUGGCCAGUGUAAAACACAGCAUGUACAUAAUAUUUAUACCACUAAUUUAUCCCACUGUAUCAUAAUGAUUGAGUAUUGUUUGUAUACGCUGCAUGUUUGUGAUGAAGCCGUGUGAACCUGAACACUACAGACCCUCACUGAUCCUCUGAAGAACAUCAGCGCACAUAUUUCACACGCAAAUCACAAGAUUAUACAGACAUUUAAAUUACGUUAUUUUCAUGAAGAAAAAAAAAUUGCCCCAAAAUUUAUUUGACUCUUUUCAUGUAUUACAUUUCUUUUGUAUUAUAUAAAUAAGUAGAUACAGUAUGUGCUGUGCUGUAUCACACACACACACA